GUGGCCGCUCAGGGGCCGGGUGGCGGGAAGGUUUUACCGGCGAGCGGCUGGCUGAGAGAAAGAAAUUUGGAUCUCCAAGUCUGUUAGAAUGGCAUCUGUUUCAGCUCUCACGGAGGAACUGGAUUCGGUCACCAGCGAGCUCCACGCGAUAGACAUUCAGCUUCAGGAGCUGACAGAAAGACAGCAAGAGCUUCUUCGGAAAAAAGCCGCCCUGACCAAGAAAAUCAGGCAGUGCCUAGAGGAUUCGGAUGCUGGGGCCAGUAGCAAUGGCGACACUUCCCCUGCUGCGUGGAAUAAGGAAGAUUUUCCAUGGUCUGGAAAAGUCAAAGAUGUUCUGCAGAAUGUCUUUAAACUGCAGCAGUUCAGAGCACUUCAGCUCGAAACUAUUAACGUAACGAUGGCUGGCAAGGAGAUAUUUCUUGUGAUGCCCACAGGAGGUGGGAAGAGCUUAUGUUACCAGUUGCCAGCACUGUGCUCAGAUGGUUUUACACUCGUGAUUUGCCCGCUGAUUUCUCUAAUGGAAGACCAGCUCAUGGUUUUAAAGCAGUUAGGAAUCUCAGCCACCAUGUUAAAUGCUUCUAGUUCCAAGGAACAUGUGAAAUGGGUUCAUGCUGAAAUGGUAAAUAAAAACUCUGAAUUAAAGCUCAUUUAUGUAACUCCAGAGAAAAUUGCAAAAAGCAAAAUGUUUAUGUCAAGACUAGAGAAGGCCUAUGAAGCAAGGAGACUGACUCGAAUUGCUGUGGAUGAGGUGCAUUGCUGCAGCCAGUGGGGCCACGACUUCAGACCUGAUUAUAAGGCGCUGGGUAUCUUGAAGCGGCAGUUCCCUAACACCUCACUCAUCGGGCUGACUGCAACGGCAACGAACCAUGUUUUGAAGGAUGCACAGAAAAUUUUGUGUGUGGGACAGUGUCUGACUUUCACAGCUUCUUUUAAUCGCCCAAACCUUUAUUAUGAGGUUCGGCAAAAGCCCUCAAAUGCAGACGACUUUAUUGAGGACAUCGUGAAGCUCAUUAAUGGGAGAUAUAAAGGGCAAUCAGGAAUCAUAUACUGUUUUUCUCAGAAGGACUCUGAACAAGUUGCGAUUAGCUUACAGAAGCUGGGCGUCGGCGCGAGUGCUUAUCAUGCCAACCUGGAACCAGCAGACAAGACCAGGGUGCACACGAGGUGGUCGGCCAACGAAGUGCAGGUCGUAGUGGCAACAGUUGCAUUUGGCAUGGGGAUCGAUAAGCCCGACGUGAGGUUUGUCAUUCAUCAUUCCAUGAGUAAAUCCAUGGAGAACUACUACCAAGAGAGUGGACGUGCGGGUCGAGACGACUCGAGGGCAGACUGUAUUUUGUAUUAUGGCUUUGGAGAUAUAUUCAGAAUAAGUUCAAUGGUUGUCAUGGAAAACGUAGGCCAACAGAAGCUCUAUGAGAUGGUGUCGUACUGUCAGAACAUUCACAAAUGCCGCCGAGUGCUGAUAGCUCAACAUUUUGAUGAGGUGUGGAACGCUGACGCGUGUAACAAAAUGUGUGACAACUGCUGUAAAGACGUUGCGUUUGAAAAGAGGGACAUCACACAGUCCUGCAGAGACCUGGUGAAGAUCCUGCGGCAGGCGGAGGAGCGGGAUGAAAAGGUCACACCGGUGAAGCUCAUCGACUCUUGGACAGGAAGGGGCGCACCGAAGCUGCGGGUGGCCGGGGUUGCCGCGCCCGCGCUCCCUCGGGCGGAGCUGGAGAAAGUCAUCGCGCACGCCCUUCUGCGGGAGUAUCUGAAAGAAGACUACAGCUUCACAGCAUAUGCCACCAUUUCAUACUUGAAAGCAGGGCCUAAAGCCAAUCUUCUGAACAGCGACGCCCACGUUGUGACCAUGCAAGCAGCAAAGGCCUCCCAGAGCUGCGGCAGGGUGGAAUCACCUGAAACUUGCCAAUCUGAACGAGUUAAUAAAAAGAAAGAAGAAAAAACUUCUAGUAACUUCCAGAAGUUUGCAAACAUGGCCCAGCACUCUGGUUCUAAGAACACAGGGGCUAAGAAAAGAAAAAUUGAUGAUGCCUGAAUUACUACAUUUUCCAUGAAAAGAACAGUUUAUGUAUGUAUAUACCAUUUUUACAGUUUUUUUGUUUGUUUUUUUUGAGGUAGGGUCUCCCUCUAGCCCAGGCUGACCUG